AUGUCGACCCAAGAGAGCAGCUCAGAUGGCUUAGCAUACUCUGGGUCCAAAAGCCUGCUUAGCCUUGAGGACGAGAGGCUUGAUGAAAUGGGCGCUGAGGCAGCUCCAGGCUUCGAAGCCGAGAUUCAGGAUCAGAGUCAGGCCUUGGGUGAUGUUGCCGGUGACGGUGCUGCAGUUGAGAGUGCUUCCAACCCUCAAGGUACUGAUAGUGAUGAAGACCUUGGUUCUGAUGGUGACACAGAUGAUGAUGGUGACGAAGAAAAAGAGUCUGAGGCUGAGGCCGAGGCAGAAGCCAAGGUGGAUGCUGAGGCCGAGGCCAAGGCCGAUGGCGACAGCAGUCACGUUGACAUCACUGAUUGUGGUGACAGUGGUGACAGUGUAGGCCUUCCAAACCUGGAGGACUCUGACAGUGUUUCCAGCAAUGAGCAAAGCCUGCUCUUCUGUAGCAUGGAAGCCGAAAUCGGGAUCCGGGAGAACAGGAAUGACGAAGCUACAUCUGAGGUACGUGAGUCAAACAGUGAGCAAAAUGUGAUGGAAGAGGAUAGGUCCAUAGAGGAAUGGAUGUCCAUGGGAAUAACUCCGCUCCCGAGACCUCGCUGCAACAUGGUUAAUGCCCUUCGGGAUAGGCAGCUGGGUUCCAGGCCUCGCUUUGAUUAUGAGGCCUGUGGUGCAAGAGCGUUUGUGCAGCGUUUCUCCCUGCAACAUAAAUUUGAAGGCCAUGUUGGGUGUGUCAAUUCUGUGCACUUUAACCAAUGUGGCACCCUGCUGACCAGUGGCAGUGAUGACCUGAAAGUAUUUGUGUGGGACUUGUUUAAUCAGCACCGAGUACUGGACUUUUUUAGUGGCCAUAGAAAUAAUGUCUUGCAGGCUAAAUUCCUUCCUAAUUGUAAUGAUUCCGCCAUGGUCACGUGUGGCCAGGAUGGGCAGGUACGGCUUGCCCAACUAUCUUUUGUGCCCACAUCCAACGAAACAACCAGGAGAUUGGUGAAGCACAGGGGAGCAUGUCAUAGGCUGGCUUUGGAGCCAGACUCCCCUUAUAAGUUCCUUACUUCAGGGGAAGAUGGAGUUGUUUUCAGCAUUGACCUAAGACAGCAUCAGCCAGCUUCAAAGUUGGUGCUAGUCAAAGAAUAUGACAAGAAAGUGGGACUGUAUACAGUCUUUUUGAAUCCAGCCAAUAGCUACCAGUUUGCCGUGGGUGGGCAAGAUCAGUUUGUGAGGAUUUAUGACCAGAGGAAAAUUCAUGAGAAUGAGAAUAACGGAGUUUUCAAAAAAUUCUGUCCUCCUCACCUGGUGGGCUGUGAUCAGCCAGUAUCCAUCACUUCCCUGGUGUAUAGUCACGAUGGCACAGAGCUCCUAGUUAGCUACAGUGGUGAAGAUAUUUACCUCUUCAACACUUCUGACUGUGAUGAAGGGCAAUAUUCCAAGAAAUAUAAGGGGCACAGAAAUAAUGCCACAGUGAAAGGUGUUAAUUUCUAUGGUCCCAAAAGUGAGUUUGUAAUGAGUGGUAGCGAUUGUGGGCAUGUCUUCUUCUGGGAAAAAUCAUCCUGCCAGAUUGUUCAGUUCUUGGAGGCAGAUGAAGGAGGCGCAGUCACCUGUAUUGAUUCCCAUCCUUACCUACCUGUGAUUGCAACUUGUGGCCUAGACAAUGAGGUCAAGGUUUGGGCACCAUUAGCUGCAGCUCCCACUGAUCUUACUGGGUUAAAGGAUGUGGUUAAGAUCAAUAUGCAGAAACUAGAUGAUUUUAACUUGCACAGUGCUUCCCUGUUUGACAACCACAUGUUCUGGCUCCUCAUGAGUCACAUGACAGAGAGAAAUCCCCAGAGUUCCUGGAGAGGUGUUAGAAUUGAAGCUGGAGACAGAGAUUUCCAGGAGACUUCCAGCAACUCUGAUGAUGAAGAUAACGAAGAUGAAAUACUGUGUAUGCCAUCGUGA